AUGGCGGCCAUGAAAGCCGAGCGUCUGCCAAACAUUACUUCGGUACCUCAGCAAACCACCAAAUCAGGCCCGAGUAUUCAUUCCCCGGGACCACGUAAUGGCGAAGGAAAUGGCAAGGAGUACAUGUCGUUUGAACCUGUUGGAAUGCACGAACGCUCCCUCGUGUUCCGGAAGGAGUCAGAAUUAACAGUGAGCGCUGCCGAGAAUUACGUCGACGCUCGCCCGGCAGUCUCGGCCUACGACCACGUAUUAUCGUCCAUCGUUCUGCCCUCGGAGGCCCACGCCGUCUUCAUGUUCAACACAUACAUGAAAAGCGUGGAACACCACCACCGCGUAAUCCACGGUCCGACGUACCCAGCCCCAGGCCACAUUGCCCUGCUGCUGGUCAUCUUCGCCAGCACGGCCUACUCCUGGCGUCUAUCUUCCGAGGAACAGAAUCUCUUCGCCUCAUCUGACGACUGCAUCGAAGCAGCUCGCACCUGGGGCAUCUCCGCCGUGGACAUCCUCGAGCUGUCCCGCCGCGUGACGGUCCGGUCUCUCGAGGAUCUCCAAGCCAUGAUCAUCGGCGCCUCGACCUUCCAGUAUGCCGAAGGAGACUCGCGGCACGCCAGCUUCCUGCACACCUCAGCCCUCGCGCUGGCCCGCAACCUCGGUCUCCACAAGAUCGACUUCCCCGCACGACCUCAAACGCUUUCUUCUCCAGACGCUGCCGUCGAGAACGAAAUCAAACGCAGAAUAUGGUGGCACCUUGCAGCCAGAGACUGGCUCCUCGCCUUCGACUGGGGCCGGCAGGACGGCACAUACAGCAUCCACCCCCGCCACAUGCGCGUCGACUACCCUUUAAACAUCGACGACGACGCCAUCCCCGCCGACGGCAGCGCCAGAACCGCAGACCCACCCUCCUCACUCCUCCCCACCAGCAUGACCUUCCAGCUCCAGCACAUCCGCCUCGCCGACAUCUGCCGCAGCAUCGCCGACCGCCUCCCGCCCUUCUUCCACGGCGGCAGCCCGGCGGUGGACUACGACACCAUCCUGUCCCUGGACGCCGAGCUGCAGUCGUUCCUAGACCAGCUUCCCGCUUUCCUCCGCCUGGAUUAUGCUCCUUCACACCACCCUCCCUCGGCAUCGGCGGGGUCGUGGUCCUGCCAACGCAGCCUCAUCAACGCCGAGGUGCACGCACGCCGCAUCAAACUGCACCACCCCUUCCUCUGGCGCAGCGACGCCGUCUCCCACACCAUCUGCCUCGCCUCUGCCCGCGCUAUCCUAGACGCGGGCAGGCUGCUCGUCUCGGAAGGAAGCCCGCCCUGCGCCGGCAUUAUUCGCGCUGCUAUCUUGUCGCACACGUUCGUUGCGGCUAUCACGCUCGUCCACGAUGCACAGCACGCCGGUGACGCUGCGCAACAGCACGAAGCAGCUAUCGCUGAGGUACGCGGGACGCUGGAGCGGGCGGCGAGAAGGUCGUUGCGGGGGAAGAAGUUUUUGCAUGCGUUUGAGGGGGUGGUGGAGAGGUAUAGGGGGGCUGCGGCUGCGGAUGGCGUCGGGACGGGGGCCGGUGAUGGUGGGAUAGCGGACGCGGCGGCUGUCGGGGUCGGUGUGGGAGGAUACGGUGGGGGUGAGGGGGAGCUGGUGGGUGGUGGGAGUGGCGGUGACUUGGAUGUGGCGUCGUGGCAGGCGCUGUAUGCGGAUCUGGAGUUGUGGGAUCCGGGGUUUGCAUAA